CAGACUUAUUGUUUUACCCUGUUGUUUUACCAGUGCGUGUUUCGGACGAUGUUUUCUAAAUCGUUUUCUAUUAUUUCCACGCUUUAAUUUUAGAUUUGAAUGAUGUCAGGUCACCGAUAUUACAGAUCCCAGUCCCUGAAUGCUCAAUGGAAUGAUUUGAGUCAAUCAAUCAGUCAGCUUCUUGUAGAAGAUGAGAAUAAGCCGACGGAAGUAAACCGUGUUGGUCAACAGGCUGCUGUCAGAUCCGAUACUGCUGAUAUUACCAAUAAACACUGGGUAGAUAGCAACUGUAGGACUCAUUGUACAGCUAGUGAUUGUGCUAAAAGGUUUACUAUCACUGAAAGAAAGCAUCAUUGCAGAAGAUGUGGCGAGGUGUUUUGUGGUGCUUGUAGCCAGUACAGACGUCGAUUGUCAGUUUUUGCAACUCCUGAUGCUGAAGGAGUUCCAUACAGGGUUUGUAAGAAAUGUUAUGAUGUUGGACCUCAGACCCUUGGUUCCGUUCGGUCACGUCUUGCUGAAUUUGGUUAUUACAAAGAAAGAAAAAAAUCCAAGAACAACAAUGGCACUAAAAAUCAUUUGCUUCCAUUGAAAGCUCUGAACUAUGAAGAAGAAUGCCAAAGACUUGUGGAUGGCUUUAAGAAGAAGGCUGGUUCCUCAAAGAUCAUGAGUUUUGUGAUGGGUACAUUGAGUGCUGUGAAAAUACCUGAAUGGCAGAAGUCCAGACACUGGAUUGAAAAGUCUGAUCAGUGCUUAUGUUGCUACAAGACCUUCUCUUUGGCAGAGAUGAAGCCACAUUGCAGGGUUUGUGGUAAAGUGAUCUGUUCAAACUGCUCAUCAGAAACACUGAUUGUAUAUGUUGAAGAUGUUAACAAAGAUGUGAACUGGUGCCUCAUCAACAUCAUUGGAUCGCCUGAUAAAGAACCUGAUGUAUGCUCGUAUUUAAGAAUAUGCAACCAGUGUCAUGGUGAAGUGGCCAAGAUACAGGGAAGACAAGCCAUAAUGGCAGAACAAACAGAAACGGAUGGACUUCAUGUAUCCUUGGUUGAUGAAAUGGUGACAAUUAACCAGUCUUUGCUUGAUAUACAGGGAAAUAUACUAAGAGUUCUUCCAAUGUAUGAGCAGCUUGUUGAUGCUGUUGAAGCUAAAGGAGAUCUAAAAGGUCUGCUUCCACAAGGCGGAAGUGCAACUCAGGCUUUGGCCAAAUACCACUUAGAUCUUUCUGACCAUUUCACAAAGUUUGCCGUUGUUAUGCAGAGUCUGAAAAAACUGAAACCAAGGACUAACACACAAGUAAAGCUUGCCAAAAAUUUGACAUCUUCAAAGUUUUGCUUUUACAAUGAUAACUUUUCGGUUUACAGAGAAAACAAAAAGAGGUUAGAACAGAUUCUUCCUUAUGAGGUACUGGAGGGAGUACAGAAGAUUGUAGAUGAUCAAGCAAUCAACAGUGCAUACAUAGUAAUCAAGCAAUUGGGUUUCGAGGCACUGUUGUUGGUAUCUUCUGAAAAAGUAGAUGACCAUAUAGCUGCUAUGCUGGUAAAGUGUGAAGAAAUCUGUAAAGAUGAACUACAGAAGCAGUUGCAAGCAAAUGAUUGUGAGUUUGAAGAACACCUUAAAACUGUACAACAGCUUCUUCAAAUACAACUUAAAAAACAUCGCCUUGUGAAACCUUCAAGAAGAUUGACCAAAACAUAUGGUGCCAAGUAUGUUGAAGGGUUUUUGCUGGAUCGCUGUCAUCUUUUACUUUCUCAAACAAUGCGUCAACUAAAUGGGAAAACAGCAGUGAAGAAAUUUAAAUCUUCAAAACAUGCUUUAGAAACAACUAAAAUGCAGGUUAUGGAGCUACGUGACCAGAUGUAGAGAUUAAUAUGUAAAAACAAAAGACUUUUUAUUACAGUAAUUAUAUUUUUAUUUUGAAUAAUGAAUGUUGAAUAAAAAUCUUGUAGGUUUUAAAUCAAAAUGGUGUAAAUUAAAACAGAUUUUUGGUAAGUAAAUUUUAUUAUUUUUUGUCAAUUUUAU